CUUGGUGCUUCUCGAAAAGCUCGAUCGCUUCGGUGCGAAGCGAAGACGCAUGGGAUGGUUCUUCUGAAGCAAGGCUCUCUGUCGGCUUGGCGCCAUGUCAAGCAUGGGAUGAUAUGGCUCCAAAGAUGAUAAAUACCCAGGUUCUACUCCCAAACAAAUUCGUCCUGUCCUCGUUCCAUCUUGUUAUUCCUCCAGCCUUAACUCAACGCAUAAGUGCUUCUGUCGGUCCAUUCUCCAGAGACGAGCCUGGUCAUACACUAUCACAUCCCAAAUCGGCUUUGUCUCUUCCACCAGCCUGUGGAACACCAAAGUACUUAUCUCACUGACCCUUAAUGCUCCCUCACCAUAAAUGAGCUACCAGACCAUCAAAGCCACCACCUACGUGUCCAGAACGAUGUGUUUCAAGGCCGAGCCCUCCAAGAAAUAUUACUAUCACGAGGAAGUCAUCCCUGUGCGACAAGUCCACGCCCACCACCAUCACCACCGCAGCCAUGCCCCGAGGGCCAGCUACCACUCCUCGCACAGCCCGCGCGUGAGCCAGACCAGCUAUCGGCGCAGCGGCCCUGUCGUCUACCAGAGGACAAGCCAGACGAGAUAUGUCUGAGGCAUAUCAGUGCUGGGAAACGUCAUGGUGUCUUUCUGCCGUGACGGACCAUCUCACCAACUUGAACGCAACCUGGUAUUCGACUUGCACGACUAAUAUGAUUACGAUGAAUCAUGACGAAACAGACUACGUUGACGGACUGGCAAACACGGCUGAUGUAUGGGCAUUUCAAAUCUUACACCUUUUCUAAUCUUCGCGUGCCAUGAUACACGAGGCGCCGGCGUCUGAGAUAUUUCAAUUGCCUUUGUUGAGAAAAGUCAGCGAGCAACAAAUGGCAUGCAAUCUCGAUGGGCCAAUGGGACCGCUUGGCCUUGGUUCGCGGCCGGCGUCAUAGGAGCUUCUUCUUUUCGAUGUGGUGGGGUGUGAAUGUGGCGCUGAGCUGGCUUCGGAUUGCGGGGUGCUUUCUCUUUUGCUCAGUGCUGCAGGUGAUAACGGGUAAUCGAUAAAAAGUACUAGAAGCUAGAACGCUAUGAUGUCAUCAAUUAAUACUUCGUCAUCCUUCCCCCGAUUGUCCUUUUGCGAUCCAGCCUUUUUC